AUGCUGAGGUCUUUUCUUCCCGCCUCGUGGACAAACAAUGCUGUCUUUCCAGGAGACUUGUCUUAUGAUGAAUUGGCUACACCUUGCAAAAAACGUCUGAGUUAUAUCCGAGCUUCCAUCGUCUUCCCCAACAGCACUCAAGGUGUCUUGUGGUCCGUUAUAGCAGCUUUCCAAGAAAAGCUUCAAGUCUCAGCUCGCUUCGGUGGACAUUCGUACGCCGCUUCUGGUUCAGGAGGAGCAAAAGGCACCUUGGUUGUCGAUCUCUCGAGACUCAAGACGAUAUUUGUCAAUCAAUCCACAUGUCAAGCCGUUAUCGGCACCGGAAACAGAUUAGGUGAUAUUGCUGUCGAAUUAUACUUCCAAGGUAGGCGCGCACUUCCUCGUGGUACACAUCCGUACAUGGGUAUUAGGGGGCACCCGCACACGGCAUUUGGGGGCUCGAGCUCUCUAGAUCUAGCGCUAUAG